ACGGCGGCCCCCUCCCCGCCUCGGGCCGCGGCGGGGGCGGAGCCGCCUCCGGGGCGGGGCGGUGCCGGGGCCAGUCGCCGCCUCAGCGGCGCGGCGCGGUGCGGAGCGGUGUGGACGCGGGGUGAUGGAGCCGUGGGCCCUCGCCGCCCGCGUCCCGGCACGCAGCGCUCGCUGAGGCCCGCCCGCCGCCGCCACAGUGCGGCCGUGCCCCGCCGUUCCCUCGCCUCCCGCCGCCGCCAACCCCGGGAAAUGGCCACGGAGCCCCCGCGGCCGGCGCCGCCCGCGGCGGGACGCCCCGAGGGCGGGCGCGGGCGCUGCGCGGGCGGCGGGCGCCGCGAGGCGGAGGAGGCCGCGGCGGCCCAGCCGGCGCUCGGCGCUUCCCCGGGCCCCGCGGCGGCGGCGGCGGCGGGGGGCCGGCGGCGGGGGCUGAACGGCUGCGUGCCGCUGUCGCACCAGGUGGCUGGGCACAUGUACGGCAAGGAUAAAGGCGGUAUACUGCAGCAUCCAGAUGGGACUGUCCUGAAGCAGUUGCAGCCACCACCUCGGGGUCCCAGGGAGCAGGAGUUCUACAACAAGGUUUAUGACUCUGACUGUUGCGACAGCAUUCUUCUGGAGCUGCGGGAAUAUCUGCCAAAAUACUUCGGUGUCUGGUCACCACCUACUGCACCAAAUGAUACGUAUCUAAAACUGGAAGAUGUGACCCGUAAGUUUAAUAAGCCUUGCAUAAUGGAUGUAAAAAUAGGUCAGAAAAGUUACGAUCCGUAUGCUUCAGCUGAGAAGAUACAGCAGCAGGUCAGCAAGUACCCGCUGAUGGAAGAGAUUGGCUUUUUGGUACUUGGCAUGAGGGUUUACCACGUCUCUUCUGACAGCUACGAGACGCAAAACCAGCACUAUGGAAGGAGCCUGACAAAGGAAACAGUAAAGGACGGCAUCUCAAAGUUUUUCCACAAUGGGUACUGCUUGAGAAAAGAUGCAAUAGCUGCCAGCAUUCAGAAGAUUGAAAAAAUUUUGGCGUGGUUUGAGGGCCAGAAGCAACUCAACUUUUAUGCAAGCUCGUUACUCUUUGUUUAUGAAGGUUCGUGUCAGGCAACAACCGUGCGGUUGAGUGAUGUGACCUUGGCAGAGAAGAGAGGAGUGCCCAAAGGACUGUUAUCGGGUGGCGACAUACUGGAGUAUAAUAAUAAUAUUCAUGUAAUAAAUUCUACAGAGAAUGGAAAAAUUGAGGCCUCUGUAAGUAAAGGCUUGUCCAAAUUUUAUGCACUUCACAAAAAGGCGUAUUCUAAGAGGCACCACAGUCAACUCUCACUGAAAGUUGAAAACUUGGAGCAAGACAACGUGUGGAAAAGCAGCACGUGCAUUACACAGGAGCAUCUGAACGGAAACGUUAUACCCCAACUGGAAAAAGUUUUCUGUCACAUGCCAGCAGAGAUCAAGGAAAGUGCAAACGUUGAAGUCCGAAUGAUUGAUUUUGCUCAUGUGUUUCCAAGCAACACCAAGGAUGAGGGCUACAUUUAUGGUCUGAAGAAUUUAAUCACAGUACUUCAAAAUAUUUUGGAUAACUAAAUUCUUUGCUAUGGUUUUUACUGGGGGCCAAUGAUAAAGAAGAGCAACAACAUGAAGAAUUUCUGCACUUGUAAUGCUGUAUAACUGGGUUUGUAUUGUUCUAUAUUUUAUUUGUCUUUGUACUUUUGGUAGAAGGGUUUAACUUUUUAUAAUCUCACUCAGGAAAAUAAUUGAUAGUUAAUUAGGGAGUGUGAAAGGAUGAAGAUACUGGAGAUUAAGCAAGAUAGGUAAAUUAGUAGGAUGAAAUGUAUAUGGUUGGCUUAAAUCCAAGGAGUACAGUUGUACUAUAAGCAAGGGUUAUGUUAGUUCCCGUAACGACUUUAGCGUAGAUAACAUUUGCCCACUUAGCCUUGACACUGAGCCGUAUCUCCGUUAACAGGUUUUUAGAAAAUGGACUGAAAACUCCUAAUGCGCAGGAUUGAUGUCCUCAGUGCUGCCCUCUUGUGUUUACUUUAUUUGAAUAACUGGAGUUAACCCCACUUUGAGAGAAAUCCCGUUUUGAGUCUGUAGUGUAACCUGGAAGCCAGCAUAUCAAAAAGUGCUAUUCAAUGUCACGGAACGAUAUUGCUGUUCUUUCAGGCCUGGUGUGGGCCCUUCCCCUCUUGGUGGCUGUCCGUAGCCCAUGUUCACCAUAGACAAGCUACAACGUACUUUGCGUUGAGGUGCUAACUAAAUGCUGGAGUAAAAUAUCGUAACAGGCUUAAACUGCACAACUGCUAGAGAAGCUGCUUGUUCCUAAGCAAGAGUAAAAGAAUGCAAACGCGAGACGUUCCAGGAACUAAUUUGGUUUAGGAGAUUAAGUCAAUCUGUUAAUGCAGUGUCUGAUGUUGUGACUACGGGAGAUGCCUCGCUCCUUUGUUCUGAUGGCCCUUCUCCAAAAACAUUGCUUUUUAAAAGCAAACUAAUGGAAUGGGGAAACAAGGUGUUUUGAGUAAGCGUACAGAGAUUUCCUCUAGCCGUCUGCUGCUUGUAUUUUUGUAACAAGCAUUUCACACUUCCACUGCUGGGGAGCACUGACUGGAAAGGACGAGCAAUACAGGUGAAGGACCCUUUGCUGAGAAGAUCCAGUUCAGCCCUGGAGCAACCAGCUGUACCUCCGUUUGUUGCAGUGGAGUUGGGGCUCUCUUGCCCUGGGCUAAAGCCAAUUUUUUUUUUUUUUGGAGGUUUUUUUUUUUUUUACAACACAGAGGCAAGCAGUGUAAUUUGAAAGUUGUCCCACUUCCUUCUUUCUCGCAGGAAGAGUCCCAGCUUUCAUAUGGAAUAUUUGAGAUCAGGAUGAUGCAUCCAAAGCAUUUUUGGUGUGUCUCUUCUGUAUGCUGUGUCCGUGGCUGUGCUACCAUGCCUGUGUAGUCAGCCGUACGGAAAGUGGGGACGGAGGAGUCUUGCCAUCUAUCGAGCAAGACUUUAACGCUUUAAGCGAGCCUCAGAAGUAAAACUUCUUAGAAUGGAUUUGGUCAUUGGAAACGUACAUCUUUUGCACGUGGACUUCGUGUGGCACCGUGGCCUUGCUGCUCUCUCUGUAUGAUGUCCUGCACUAAGCACUCAUUUGUGUACACGUCUUUGCAAGUUCUCUAUUUGGCAUCUGUUUUCUAUAUCAGAAAGAGAUAAAUACUUUUUCAAGCAAAUAUGCUGUUUUUAAAUAAAUCUGAAAUUGUAGCUCUAUUUGAGAACCUGGGUCAAUUGGAAGAAACAGGGUAUUAUGUGUAGAACUACAUUGUUUAAACUUUAAAGCUAAUAUUGGCUGAUACGUUCAGGAAUGAAACCAAUCUGUUAGUAACAUCAUGUUUUUGAAGCAUGGGAAAAGACGCUUGCAGGAGGGGCAGUAUCAUUUUGUUGAAAAUUUCGUGCAAAUUGUGGUGAAGGCUGAGGGGAAAAGAUCAGGAAGAGAAAGUUUGGUUUGGUUUUUUUGUUUUGUUUUUUUUUUUUCUACCUGGUAUUUCCUUUGCACCAUAUAGUUAAUAUAUUCCCAACUCUCUGUGAACUAAUUUAAGCCAUAUUCUAGGAAGAGUUUGUGGUUUUGUUUGCUUUGACGCUGGUUUCUCUGUAAUGAUUUUGUUGUUCUAUCCCGUAAAUAGUCAACACUAGAGUAGUCUAGGCUGGUAGUGGCCUUGUAUGAUAAAUUCGCAGUGUUUUAUAGAACAUAUAGGGGAAAACACUUAUACAUCUGAAUUUUUGUCCUCUGUAAUUCAUCUCUUCUGGAUUUUAAUCCAUUUUGUGCCAGAGAAAUCAGACAUCUGCCUCAAAGAAGUCAGUUAUUGGAAAAUGAUGUGUAUGCUCUUAGUAUAAGCGCAUUCUCCUGUCUCUGCUUUAAGAUAUAUGUCUUCAGUGUUUGAAUGCUCUUUAAGUAUUGAUUGUUGUGUUGACUAUGGCAGUGUUUGUAAUGCACCUGGAAUAUUGUUAAACUGUCAGAAUAUUUUGAAUAAAAAAAAAUAUAAAAUUUU